UUUUCCUCGCCCGCCCCACCUUCCCUUUCCACUUCGGGUCGGGCAAGGUGGCAGGCUGGCUCGGGAGGGAAGACGGAGCCUAGGAAACUGGGGAGCAGGCUAGUGGGCCUCGAGCGCGCUCCCGACUAGCAGCCCCGCCCGCGCUCGCGCACGCACGCGGCACGUCACGUUAUCGCGCUCGCGCGCCUCGGCGGAGGAGCUCGCCCACUCGAGCAGGUUCGGCGACGCCGAUCUCAGGGCUCUCUGGGAAAAGGGAUCGAGGAGCGGUUGCGGCGUCGUCGGUCUCCUCCGCUCAUCUCCCUCGGGCAGCGUGCGGAAGGGCGGCGCCGCCUGCCGUCUCCCUCCGAGUCGUGCCAGGCCGACUGCGACCCCACCCCCCGGCUUGUCGCGGUUGCCCGUUCCCUCGUCUGUCGGUCCGUCUCCUCACGCACCUUUGCCGGAUCCUCACGCUUCUUGCCGCUCCUCCGCCCUCUGUGUUUGGGGCUGCGGGGAGCCCGCGGGGCCUGAGGAGAUCGCUAGGCUGAAGGCGGCGGCUCCGGCUCCAUCAUGUCUGCUGGAGGGGACUUCGGAAACCCUCUGAGGAAAUUCAAGCUGGUGUUCCUGGGGGAGCAGAGCGUUGGAAAAACAUCUUUGAUCACCAGAUUCAUGUAUGACAGUUUUGAUAACACCUACCAGGCAACAAUUGGCAUUGACUUUUUAUCAAAAACAAUGUAUUUGGAAGAUCGAACAAUCAGGCUGCAGCUGUGGGAUACUGCGGGUCAGGAACGUUUCCGUAGCCUCAUUCCCAGUUACAUCCGUGAUUCCGCUGCAGCUGUAGUAGUAUACGAUAUCACAAAUGUAAACUCAUUCCAGCAAACCACAAAAUGGAUUGAUGAUGUCAGAACGGAAAGGGGAAGUGAUGUCAUCAUUAUGCUAGUGGGAAAUAAAACAGAUCUUGCUGAUAAGAGACAAGUGUCUAUUGAGGAGGGAGAGAGGAAAGCCAAAGAGCUCAAUGUUAUGUUUAUUGAAACAAGUGCAAAAGCAGGAUACAAUGUAAAACAGCUUUUCCGACGUGUGGCAGCAGCCUUGCCUGGGAUGGAGAGUACACAGGACAAAAGCAGAGAAGACAUGAUUGACAUAAAACUGGAAAAGCCUCAGGAGCCACCAGUUAAUGAAGGAGGCUGUUCCUGCUAAUACCAUGUGGCUUCUUGAAUCCUUCCCCCAGAACCUCACUGCUUUUGCCCCCUUAUUCUUCAUUGACUGCAGUGUGAAUAUUGGCUUGAACCUUCCCCCUUCAGUAAUAACGUAUUGCAAUUCAUCAUUGCUGGCUGUCUCGUGGAGAUGAUCUAUUAGCUUCACAAGCGCACAUGUGCGCGCACGCACACACACAAACAUACAUACAAUAUGUCAGUGUCUUCAUUAUUUAUAUUAAAAAGCCAAAAUAUUCCAGCAUAUUCCAGUGAUAACUUUAAAAACUAGGUACAUUUUCUUAACAUUUGUUCCUUUUUUUAAAUAUGUUAUGAUAGUGCACUUUGAAAUUAUGGAAAUCUCAAAGGUCUGAGUUUGACUUGGUUAAGGAGCAAUAUGUUCAGAAUAGAACUCACCUCUCUAGCUGAUCUUUAUCCUCUCUCCCCCACUAUCACCCCAAAUCACCCUGCCUCUGCCUUUACUCUGCCUCACAAAGCAAAUUAGAAGUAGCCCAUUAGCAGUCAAGGCAGGCAGAUUUGGUGUAUCUGAGUCAGCCUUCAGCAUUAGGGAUAACCCAAGCCGCUGUCUUUGGGCAAAGAUUGAUAACGUGAACCUUCUAGCUUACUCAUGGAAUUCCCUUGAGACAAAGCCAUCUGGCAUUAUGAAAAGGACAGUGUUCUGAUGGGGAUAGGCUUAGAGAAUGAUUAUUUUUAAUGGGUCAGCUUGAUAGUGACUGACAGUCUCUCUGACCAGGAGAAAUGAUUCCCUUCAUAUGUGCUUACCCAAACAUUGCAAGCAGCAAACAACUAGGUGUUCCUAUCCAUGUGGUAUUCUAAAAAAAUUGUACCUACUCUUCAUGGUAAAAUUGGAAAGACCUUAUGGACACUCCCCCAUCAAGGUUUUAAGACUUAUGAAGUGUGGGAGGUAUUACAUUAUUGAGAAACUUAAAAAGCAACAGAUCUUUUCCCCUUCUUUCUCUGUCUUUAAUGAAGUACAGACAAGGCACUGUGUAAGUAUAACUCCCCAAAGAAAGAGUGGAAGGAUUUCAGAUUUGGCCCUGUUAUAACUGGCAGAAAAGAUUGUGGACAAAAAGAUAACCCUAAGAAGAAUAGCACAUACUUUGCUCAGGACAUUUGAGGUCAAGUUGGAGAGGGUAGCAAUUUAUUUGUAAGCCCUCAAAGCCUUUGUGGACAAGGAGAGAGAAGUGAAAUGCAAGAUUAUGCAGGCUUAUGCCAUUAAUUUCUGGCCUUUUUAUGUUGGGUCUUCCAAGUCGGUUUGGUUUUUUCCAUUAGAUCUGUAUAGUUUGGUUAAUUAACCAGGAAUUUAGUUUUAUAUUUAACUAAGCUACAAAAUUAUACAAUUAACAUUUUUUUCCUUUGAUGAUAUUUAUUUCCUUGCCUUUGUUCCUUUUUAAAAAAAAAAUUUACUUCCUAUCUUUUUGGCUGUUGUGUCAAGGAAUCUGUCUAGAACUUGGUCAGUGUGGCAAUAUGUAGCGCCUCCCUACCCUCAAACCAUCAUUUGUCCCCCCACCCCACCCCUGGAAAAAACACUGCAAACAAUACACUAGGAGUGCACCCUUUUAUCCUUUACUAGUUAUUGUGAGAUUGCUGUGUAAGUCAAUAAACACGUUUGUAAAUACAUUGUUUGCAGAAAGAAUUGCGGAGUUAUAGUGCAGGAUGGCCAUUCCAGACUCUGUUGUAAACAUUACUUAACGUAAUAUAAUAAAGGUGAAAUUUCAAUGAAAUAUCAUCCCCCUCUGUCCUUUACCCUUCAAAACGAACAAACUGGGAUAAUUCCUUUCCUCCCCAGACCUUCGUUGUCACCAGAAAGUAUGUCUCAAGCACUUUGAUUAUGGAACUAAAUGGAAGGAGUCCAUCAACUGAGGUUUCUGGACUAGCAUUAAGUCUUCAUACCAAUAGCUUAUGUUUAAAAAAAAACA